GUUGAUGACGAUGCGGGGAAGAUGGUGUUCUUGCCAGAAAUAGAUAACCCCAGCAAACACACAGCAUUUAGUCGAGGUAUCUGCUGUAACGCCCCGCCCUUGACGGAUUCGGACAAGAAGAUCCAGCUGAUUAAAAUGUUAUGUCUGACCGUUUUACCGGUAUUAGGCGUUUGGUCCUACAGUGUGUACAUGCUAUCGGACACAAUAUCACUGAAAAGCGAAAACGAGGCGACCAGGAAGGCUUUAGUGUACAGUGUCGAACUGGGGAAGUUGGUCCACCACUUGCAGAAGGAGCGGGAUAUGAGUGUUUUAUACCUCAGCGCCCUCCGUCCAGAGACGAAAACGUUUCUUCUGGCAGAAUACAUUGCAACUGACAAGGCAAUAACAAGACUUCCAGUUUGGCCUGGAAACUUGGAUAAACUCGACAGGACAGAAUUUUCGACACGCGCCAAUUUGGUACAACAUCUUAACCGCAGACGACAAUCUCUUACUCCUUCCGAGGUAUACAUUCAAGAUGAAAUUGACUUUUACACUCGCAUCAUUAAAGUUGUUAUCGUUUGGUUGUACGACUCGAUCAACGAAUCGAAAUUUGCCGUCGUAUGGAAAACGCUUGUGGCAUACCAGAAGUUGACGAGUGCAAAGGAAGAUGUAGGGGUGGAAAGGGCGCUAGGGACAAUGUUCUAUGCCAAUGGAGGAUUUGAGAACCAUUUUUACUACCAGAUGUAUUACAGCAGGGUACACAACUUCAGGGCGUAUUACAAAACAGCUCAGUUGUAUUCCGAUCGUGUUCGAUUAUUGUACUCCUAUGUCGUAAGCGAGGCCGGAAAUAACCUAACAGACAUUAUAGAUUCUUUUCGAUCAGAAAUUUUACACAACGUGAAGGACGGCAAUAAUACGUUACCGGAAAUGCAGAAGGCUCGAUGGUGGUUUGACAAUAUGACAAUGUACCUCGAUACUUUACUUGAUGUUCAACAAGAUCUGGGAGAGGAAAUUCUGGCGAUUCUGGAUACCGUAAUUGAAAAAGUCCAGACGGACUUAGCCGUCAGCGCCACUCUCCUCGUGGUAGUCAUCCUCAUGUGCCCGUUUGUCAUCUACAUGACGGAAUACGUCACAUCCGUUUUCCAUAAAUACGCUCUAACCUUGAUUGAUAAGACGAAAGAGUUGGCAAGAGAAAAGGCGAGAACCGACUCCCUGUUGUACCAGAUGAUACCAAAACCUAUUGCCGACCAAGUGAAACAUAGCAAGAACAUCAAACCCGAAUACUUCAAAGUGGUCACAGUGAUGGCGUCUGAUGUGUGUGGCUUCUAUAAGAUGUCUUUGGAGUGUUCGGCCUUACAGAUUGUCGAUUUGCUGAACACUCUAUAUGAGGCCAUUGAUAAACUCUCGGAGUCCUAUAACAUGUACAAGUUAGAAACCCUAAAUGACUGUUACAUGGCCUUAUCAGGGCUACCUGACAGAAAUAAAUAUCACGUGACAGAAGUUGCAAAUUUCGCUCUCCAGUUGAUUGACUUGAUCAGUAAACGACAGUUCAUCGUAAACGAAGAUCGCAUCGUUCAAGUCAGGAUUGGAAUAAACUCAGGACCUUGCGUGGCAGGUAUUGUCAAUACCGUAAUGCCGCGUUAUUGUGUGGUUGGGGAAACGGUUAACAACGCAGCAAGAAUGAUGUUCUACAGCACGGCAAACAGAAUAAAUAUUAGCCAUGGCACCUAUACAGCGCUAGAGAGGACUGGAAACUACAUUCUCAAAAAGAGAAACAAACAGGGUAAAAACAGCAUGUACUGGCUGAUCAGAAAAAUUGAAAACGGGAACAAAGACUCCAUUAGAUCAUCUUCGUCAUCAGAAUCGGAAUCGGAAUCCGAAAACUCGGAACCCACUGUGGACCAAAACAAUUCUGCCGAGGAAAGUCAGCAAGAGGACAUUCCAUUUCCUUUUCGAGCCCGACUUCCAAUGCCGAACUACAACGAGGAAGAAGACGUCCAACUGAGCAGGAACAAGCAGGACGUGUAUGGGGAGACUCAGCAAAAACCGGAAGAGGCGGUACCGCCAUCACUGUCUUUCCACAAAUCGAAGGACGACAACCACAGUAAUCUUAACGAUCUUACGAAAGACGUACAGUACAACAACGUUAAGUUAGCACUUAAUUUGGUUUAACAUACUCAAUUGGUCAUGCUCAUUUAAGCCUAUGUUAAUAAAAGAAAGAAGGUUCUGACUUAAUUAAGAAAUAUCUUGACUUGGCGGAAAUAGAAAAGAAGACCAAUAUAGUCUUUCAGAUGUUUAUUUUACAUCUUGGCUUUGUGUUAGUUGUUGUAUAACGUAAACGUUUAGCACAUUUGUAUAAGAUUUAUGUGUUAAAGCGUACAAACUUAUACUAUUUUACGUUUAGGAAAACUGGAUUCGGUAGCUUAAUUUGACUCUGUAUCAUAUUUAGCAAUGUAUAUACAUGUGACAAAUUUGUUUUCAUCUAUUUACAUGAAUAUAUUACUUGAUGUAUUCAAUUAAUAACAUUAAACAAGAUUUUUUGUUCAGUAAUUCGACACAUGCAAAACGACAUGAUGAUAAUACGUGUUGGAAUAUUUAGUCAAGCUUUCAGAGCCAUCACAUGACGUUUUAUGACUAAACUUCACAACACUACCUAAUGUGGCGCACAAGAAAUGCUUUUCAUGAAUACAGGUGUAGAGAAAUUAUUAGUGCUGGUAAUUUAAGAAAUUCAACGUUAUUUGAUUCAUAGUUUUCGAGAACACUUUGAUGAAAUUUAUCGAAAUCAUAUGAAGACGUACAUUAUUUUUAUUUUAAUAGAUCUGUUUUGCAUGUACAUUGAACGUAGCAUUUACACGAGAUCUAAUAAAAAGAUAACCUGUGCAUGUUCAUAAUAUAUAUUUUGAUACAUGUGAUUUUUUUUUAAAUAAAUAAAUCUUUGUUUACAACAUCG